AUGUCGACAAAGCGAAAGGCGCCUGCAAAGUUCGCCCAGCCUGCCGCGAGACACAAUGCAAAGAAUACCGUUACUACCAGCAUCAACGAAGCCGACACCGCAGUUUCUACCCUAGAUGCCGCCAAGGCUGAUACCAAUGGAGUCGGCGAAGAUGUGAUAGAGAUCUCGAGCGACUCAGGCAGCAGCGAGUAUGAGUUUUCCGACAAUGAAGGCGCAGCCAAAACAACGCUAGAGACUGAUACCUCAGCCCCCGGAGCCGAGUCGCAAAAUCAAAUAUCAUUGAAAGAUGAUUUAAUACCUGCAGAAAAUGGGGGCCUGGACACAGAUAUGCCUUCGCCCAACCCACCGACCGAUGGCGAGUCGGACCAAGAACCCGCUGCGCCAACCUUUGGUGACCUUGUCCGCACAACCGAGACUAUAGACGUUCCGGCAGCCCUCGCAGCACAACAGCCAUCGGCCCUUGCGGCGUCUGGGAAAGUCAUCGCUCCACCCAGUCUAUCAUCUCUUGGCACUGUUCUUACCCAGGCCCUUCGCACCGACGAUAGGGAUCUUCUCGAGUCCUGCCUCCACACCACAGAUCUUGCGACAGUCCGCAAUACCAUACAACGGUUGGAGUCGUCAUUAGCCGGAACGUUGCUUACCAAGCUGGCCUCAAGAAUGCACAGGCGGCCUGGCCGGGCGGGGAGCCUCAUGGCAUGGGUACAGUGGACGCUGAUUGCACAUGGUGGCGCGUUGGCGUCGCAGCCGGGUCUCGUGAAGAAACUGAGUGAAUUGAACAGAGUUCUGGAGGAGCGAUCCCGUGGUCUCAGCUCGUUACUGGCCUUGAAGGGCAAAUUGGAUCUUCUAGAGGCGCAGAUGCAGUUGCGGAGAAGCAUGCGACAUAACGCAGACUCGGACGAUGAUAGCGAUGAUGACGCUGAGGAGGGGAUCGUUUAUGUUGAAGGGCAGGACAGCGAUGCCGAAAUGGCCAAUGGAGCCAUGGAUCUAGAUGAUGAUCAAAUGCCGGUGACGAACGGCAUUGUCGAUGACGACUCGGACGAUGGCGAGGACUACAGCGAAGCCGAAGAGGAUGAAGAGCUGGAAGGUGCUGAGGAGAUCAUAGACGAGGAUGAGGUCGACCACGAUGACGUGGAGUCACUUGGGGAAGACGAGGACAGCGAGCGAGAAACUACACCUCCAGCGAAGAAACGGGGUAAAUUCGCCAAGCAGAGGUGA